GACCGCAGUCGCAACCAGAAGAUUACUUUAAUAUAGUCUUAUUUUUCAGCGUCCACUGAACUCGUCUUGCAAAAACACACUUCAUAUUYACUUGCCAACAUGAAUCGACUGUCAAUCAUAUUGGUAAUGGCAUUGGUUGCGUAUUCAUUGGGUGCACCGGGAUACGGUGGUGAAUACCAUGAACAUGGUGGACAUCAAGAACAUGGUGAACAUCAAGCACAUGAAGAACAUGGUGGACAUAAAGAAGAAUAUGGCGGGCACAAAGAAGAAUAUAAUGGACACAAAGAAAAUCAUGAUGUACAAAAAUAUGAAGGACACAAAGAAGAACAUGAUAAAUACAAAGAAGAUCAUGAUGGWCACAAAGAAGAACACGAAGGACAUAAAUAUGGUGGACAUGACUUUGGUGGACACAAGRAAGAACACGAUAAAURCAAAGAAGAYCAUGAUGGACACAAAGAAGAACAYGAAGGACAUAAAUAUGGUGGACAUGASUUUGGUGGACACAAGGAAGAACRYGAUAAAUACAAAGAAGAUCAUGAUGGRCACAAAGAAGAACACGAAGGACAUAAAUAUGGYGGACAUGACUUUGGUGGACACAARGAAGAACAYGAUAAAUACAAAGAAGAUCAUGAUGGAMAYAAAGAAGAACACGAAGGACAUAAAUAURGUGGACAUGACUUUGGUGGACACAARGAAGAACACGAUAAAUACAAAGAAGRUCAUKAUGGACACAAAGAAGAACACGAAGGAMAUAAAUAUGGUGGACAUGAGUUUGGUGGACACAAAGAAGAACACGAUAAAUACAAAGAAGAUCAUKAUGKACACAAAGAAGAACAUGAAGGACAUAAAUAUGGUGAACAUGACUUUGGUGAACACAAAGAACACUGUGGACAUAAAGAACAUGAGCAUCAUGGUGGACACAAAGGACACGAAGAACAUGGCAGUCAUCACGGUCCAGAUUUCUCGCACGGUUCAGUUCAUCACGGACACCAUGGUGGCCAUUACUAAAACUUCAAUCACAUGGUUAAUGUCAUGAGAUCCCUGUUUAUAACAAUUUUCYGGGACGUACAACUUAAAUGCCAURUUAUAAAUGGUUGUCAAUUUUUAAUAUUAUUUAUUUCUAAAUUUUAUAUUUUUGUUGUAGUACCACUUGUACUUAAAUAUUAAUAUAGUAAAAUUUUGUAUUGUAAAGAUGAAAACACAUCCAGCUAAACAUUUUUCGGUAAAAAAAUAAUAGUAUUAUGCUUCUA